AUGCAAACCUCUAUCCCCUUAUUCUUAUCAACUCCUAAUCCUAAAAUCCCAUCAAUUUUCCCAUUCCAGCACUACCCUAGUUUUUUCCAUGGAAAACCAACAACAGCAACAGCCCAUGAUUUUCAUUUCCUCCCUGUGAAAAUAAAAACCAAACCUUUUUUCGUCAAAGCAUCCAGCUUUUUGUCAGAAAUUGGGCGUGCUAUAGAGGAAGAAGAAGAGUACAGAAAGGCCCGUGCUGCUGUUAUCCGUAAAGGAAUCGAAUUGGGAGGGUAUACUAUUGAGGGUCUGUCCAUUGGAGGCCAAGAGACUUGUGUAAUAAUACCAGAGUUUAAGUGUGCUUUUGAUAUUGGGAGGUGCCCCAGCAGAGCUAUUCACCAGAACUUUGUCUUCAUCACCCAUGCGCAUCUUGAUCACAUUGGUGGGCUGCCGAUGUAUGUGGCAAGUCGUGGCCUGUACAGCUUAAAGCCUCCAACAAUAUUUGUCCCUCCUUGUAUCAAAGAGGAUGUUGAGAAACUCUUUGACAUUCACAGGGUCAUGGGGCAAGUGGAGCUUAAUUUUGAUUUGGUUGCACUGGAUGUGGGUGAAACAUAUGAAUUGCGGAAUGACGUUGUCGUCCGCCCUUUCAGAACUCAACAUGUUAUACCAAGCCAGGGUUAUGUUAUUUAUUCAGUAAGGAAAAAAUUGAAGAAGCAAUACAUUCAUCUCAAAGGAAAACAAAUAGAGAAAUUGAAGAAGUCUGGUGUUGAGAUUACAGAUGUAAUAUUGUCUCCAGAGGUGGCCUUUACUGGAGAUACCACAGCAGAGUACAUGCUUGAUCCACGUAAUGCAGAUGCAUUGAGGGCAAAAGUUCUAAUAACUGAGGCAACUUUCCUGGAUGAAGAUUUUACCAUCGAGCAUGCACGACAGCGCGGUCAUACCCAUUUGUUAGAGAUUAUUGCAAAUGCCAAAUGGAUUCGGAGUAAAGCAAUCUUGCUGACUCAUUUCUCCUCCCGCUACAGUAUAGAGGACAUACGCGAAGCUGUAUUGAAGUUGCAGUCCAAGGUGUCAGCAAAAGUGGUUCCUCUAACAGAAGGUUUCAAAUCAAUGUACUCAUAG